AUGGUGGUUGCGACAAUCAAGUAUGCGCCACCCUCAAACCUCACCAUCGCGCACUAUACUAACCCCAUCUUCUCUAUAGUCUUCGACAACUAUGCCGUGACCGUAAUGAUUGGUGAUGAACCAUACACGCUCGGUCUUUUUGAUACCGCCGGACAGGAGGAUUACGAUCGCCUCCGACCGCUCUCCUACCCCCAGACUGACGUCUUCCUUGUCUGCUUCUCAGUCACUUCCCCCGCCUCUUUCGAGAACGUGCGCGAAAAAUGGUUCCCCGAAGUACAUCACCACUGCCCGGGUGUGCCGUGCCUGAUUGUCGGCACACAGGUGGAUCUCCGGGAAGACACGGCGGUAAAGGACAAGCUAUCGAAGCAAAGGAUGGCCCCGGUAAAGAAGGAGGACGGAGAGCGGAUGGCACGAGAACUCGGCGCGGUCAAGUACGUCGAGUGCUCGGCGCUAACCCAGUACAAACUCAAGGACGUGUUUGAUGAGGCCAUUGUAGCAGCGCUUGAGCCACCAGCGGCGAAGAAGGAGGGGGGCGAGAGAAAGAAGGGAAAGAAAUGCAGCAUACUUUAA